AUGGCGCCCGCUGUUGGUAUCGACUUGGGUACAACCUACUCUUGUGUCGGCAUCUUCCGUGACGACCGCAUUGAGAUUAUUGCCAAUGACCAGGGUAACCGCACAACCCCGUCCUUCGUGGCGUUCACGGAUACCGAGCGUCUGAUCGGAGAUGCGGCCAAGAACCAGGUCGCUAUGAACCCCCACAACACCGUCUUCGACGCGAAGAGGUUGAUUGGUCGCAAGUUCUCCGACCCUGAGGUCCAGGCCGACAUGAAGCACUUCCCCUUCAAGGUCGUCGAGAGGUCCGGCAAGCCCGUCAUCGAGGUCGAAUUCAAGGGAGAGACGAAGCAGUUCACCCCUGAGGAGAUCUCCUCCAUGGUCUUGACCAAGAUGCGUGAGACUGCUGAGUCUUACCUUGGUGGCACCGUCAACAACGCCGUCGUCACCGUCCCCGCCUACUUCAACGACUCACAGCGUCAGGCCACCAAGGAUGCCGGUCUUAUCGCUGGUCUGAACGUUCUUCGUAUCAUUAACGAGCCUACUGCCGCUGCCAUCGCCUACGGUCUUGACAAGAAGGUCGAGGGCGAGCGCAACGUGCUCAUUUUCGAUCUUGGUGGUGGUACCUUCGAUGUGUCGCUCCUUACCAUCGAGGAGGGUAUCUUCGAGGUCAAGUCCACUGCCGGUGACACCCACUUGGGUGGUGAGGACUUUGACAACCGUCUGGUCACUCACUUCGCCAAUGAGUUCAAGCGCAAGCACAAGAAGGACCUUACUACCAACGCCCGUGCCCUCCGCCGUCUGCGCACUGCUUGCGAGCGUGCGAAGCGCACUCUUUCUUCCUCAGCCCAGACCUCAAUCGAGAUCGACUCGCUGUACGAGGGUAUCGACUUCUACACCUCGAUCACCCGUGCCCGUUUCGAGGAGCUUUGCCAGGACCUGUUCCGCUCCACCCUGCAGCCUGUUGACCGUGUCUUGACCGAUGCCAAGAUCGACAAGUCCCAGGUUCACGAGAUCGUCUUGGUCGGCGGUUCCACCCGUAUCCCCCGUAUCCAGAAGCUCAUUACCGACUACUUCAACGGCAAGGAGCCCAACAAGUCUAUCAACCCCGACGAGGCUGUCGCCUACGGUGCUGCCGUUCAGGCUGCCAUCCUUUCGGGUGACACCAGCUCCAAGUCCACCAACGAGAUUCUGCUGCUCGAUGUGGCGCCGCUCUCGCUCGGUAUCGAGACUGCUGGUGGCAUGAUGACCAAGCUGAUCCCCCGUAACACCACCAUCCCCACCAAGAAGUCCGAGGUCUUCUCCACGUUCUCCGACAACCAGCCUGGUGUGCUCAUCCAGGUCUACGAGGGUGAGCGCCAGCGCACCAAGGACAACAACCUACUGGGCAAGUUCGAGCUUACCGGCAUUCCCCCGGCUCCUCGUGGUGUGCCCCAGAUCGAGGUUACUUUCGACUUGGACGCCAACGGAAUUAUGAACGUCUCGGCUGUUGAGAAGGGUACUGGAAAGACGAACCAGAUCACCAUCACCAACGACAAGGGCCGUCUCUCCAAGGAGGACAUCGAGCGUAUGCUUGCUGAAGCCGAGAAGUUCAAGGAGGAGGAUGAGGCUGAGGCUGCUCGUGUCUCCGCCAAGAACGGCCUUGAGUCGUACGCCUACUCUCUGCGCAACACCCUCCAGGACUCCAAGGUCGACGAGAAGCUUGACGCUGCCGACAAGGAGAAGCUCAACGCCGAGAUCAACAAGAUCGUCAGCUGGCUCGACGAGAGCCAACAGGCUACCAAGGAGGAGUACGAGGAGCACCAGAAGGAGCUUGAGGCUGUUGCCAACCCCAUCAUGAUGAAGUUCUAUGGUGCUGGCGGCGCUCCUGGCGGCAUGCCUGGUGCUGGUGGUGCCCCUGGUGGCUUCCCCGGUGCCGGUGGUGCCCCUGGCGCCCACGGCGACGAUGGUCCCACUGUCGAGGAGGUCGACUAA